UUGUCUUGACUUAUUUCCUGGAGGAAAAGGGCCUCAUCAAUUACUGUGAUCAUUUUGUGGUUUCUCUCUGUCUCUCCUCAGCUGUCCAGCGAAGGCCAUGGACCCGUCACUGAAGUCAGAGGAACCAUGUUCUACCCCUCCUCCCUACUUCCUACCAGUGGAGAGUGAACAGGGUGAUAAUGUAAUGAUCUACUCUCCCUUCAACCAUGGACCCCCUCCUACACCUAAAGAUGGCUGCAACUACAUCAGUCACACCCCCCUACCCAUACCAGGUCGUGCCAACCCCCCCAGACAGUGGCUUGUCCAGCACUAUGAGUCAAAGCUGGGGGAUUCUCCUGGUCUCAUCAGAUGUCCUUCCUGUCAGAGCCAGGUGAUGAGUGACGUAACACACCACGCUGGAACCUUCUCCUGGACCAUGUGUCUGGUCUUCAUCCUCUGUGGGUUAUUCCUAGGCUGCUGUCUGAUCCCGUUUUCCUCAGGAAUUUCAAGGACGCCUAUCACACCUGCCCUCGCUGUCACAUGGUCCUUCACAUCCACAGGAAGAGCUGCUGCCCCACGACCUCUGACCCCUCCUCCCUGA